UGAUCACCUCCUGAAUCAAAACAGCUCAAGAAACUGAAAAACAAGCUAAAUCUUCUCCAUCAAUCUACGUUAAGUUUGUAACACAAGUCCAGGUAGCCACGGCUGAGUGAAAGGCACGGGGAGUCACUGUUCAGACAGGAAGAGACAUGGCGACUGAGAGCCUGGCAGAGCUCCGUGAUUGGCUUUUCCUGUUGCUUUUGUGCCUCACCUUAUUGGCUGAGGUGCUGGAACUGGCAGCAGCGGCAAUCGCUAUGGAGACUGGCGAGGGAGAUGAGGGCAUUGUUUGUCCCUCUGUGUGCCGCUGUGAUGAAGGUUUCGUCUACUGCAAUGACCGUGGCCUCAGCCUGAUUCCACCGCUGCCUUUAACAGCCGCUAUACUCUACUUACAGAGCAAUCGGCUGACCAACGCUGGCCUGCCUCCCUCACUCGAGCGCAGCAGUACUAUACGAGUUAUAUACUUGUAUGCUAACCAACUGGAUGAAUUCCCUAUACACCUCCCACCUUCGUUACGGGAGCUACACUUACAGGAUAAUAAUAUACGAACGUUACCGAGAUCAUCUCUUGCAAAGUUGCCAUUACUAGAACGUUUACAUUUGGAUGAUAACUCUAUAUCCACAGUUAGCAUCCAGGAUCGGGCCUUCUCUGGGACUCCACGGCUUCGGCUGCUGUUUCUUUCUCGUAACCACCUGUCCAGCAUUCCUGCAGGUUUACCCUCAUCCCUGGAAGAGUUACGCCUAGAUGACAACAGAAUAAACACUAUUCCCACGCACGCCUUUCGUGGUCUCUCUUCACUUCGACGUUUGGUCAUGGAUGGAAACUUGCUGGCCAACACACGCAUCGCAGAUGACACUUUUUCACGUCUAUCCAACCUGACUGAGCUGUCGCUGGUGAGGAAUGCACUGCAGUCUCCACCAGUAAACCUGCCCACCUCUCACCUCUUGCGCCUGCACUUGCAGGAUAAUGGGAUGACACAUAUUCCCAGAGGAGCAUUUGAUGGCAUGAGGCGACUGCAGAGGCUCGACCUGUCAGGUAACAACUUGACCAGUCUCCCCAGAGGUCUUUUGAAGGACACGGAAAGUCUGGAAUUGCUCCUAGUGCGAGGAAACCCCUGGUUCUGUGGGUGUAACCUGCGUUGGCUCCACGCCUGGUUGCACAGCAGAGGAGCGGCGGUGACAGUCAGGGGGCUCACCUGCCAGGGCCCUGAGGCAGUGAGGGGCCAGACACUCAGAGACCUUACUUCCCUGAUUGAGCAGUGUGAAGGCCCUCCGGCUGGGCCCAGUCCUGGGGCAGGUAUGAACCCAUCUCCAAACGAACAGGUAAUUGACAGCAGUAAUCCUGGUGGAAGCCGGCCAGUAGCCACAUUCCCACACAGUAGUACCACCACUGCCCCUGCCCUAGUUCCUACACAAGGAUCUCUGUUUACUAUGAGAAUAAAGAGGCCAGACCUAAUGGUACUGCCCCCCGGUGAAGGGGGACAUGUAGCAGGAGAGGCCCUAGAGCUGACUGUCAAACCACUCUCCUCAGACAGUGUGCUGGUGAGCUGGUUGUGUCCAGAGCCCGCACCCUCUUUCCGCUUGUCUUGGCUGCGCCUGGGAAGCAGUAGUUCAAUAACAGAGACUUUGGUUCCUGCAGAGAGGAGGCAGUACCUGCUUACCCAGCUCACCCCACGCUCUCAUUACCUCAUCUGCCUGCUGCCUCUGCGACAGGAGCCCUCUUUUGGGUCUGUGAGCAGAGGCUCCUCUCGGGCCAGUGGGUAUGACACAGACAGUAAGGACUCGGCACCCGCCUGUGCUCAAAUAGAGACUGGAGAGGCCCUUGUGAGCUCAUCAGGGGAGGGGUCAGGAAAAGAUGCCCAGGACUCAGAGCUUACAGCCCUGCCACUGGCAGGGAUUAUUGGGGGGGCAACAGCACUGGUCAGCCUAUUGUUAAUAUUCGGCAUUUUCUGCUGGUAUGGACAGAGAACAGGCUAUAUGUCUGGGGACUCAAGCUCAUACAAUAGGGGCCGGGGAGGUAAACAUUAUGAUGAUUAUGUAGAGUCUGGAACAAAGAAAGACAAUUCUAUUUUAGAAAUUAGAGCCCCACCAGCAGGGUUUCAGAUGACAGCCAUGGCUCACCAGUCCCUGCAGCCUAAGCUGGACGAUGUUACCUACAUUCACACUAUUUUCCCCUCCUCUUCCACCUCCUCCCAAGCCAAUGGGACAUACCGGAGUAACCAUGGAGUUGGUACCCUCAACGGUACAAUUCUAAGCCAAACUAGUCAUCACCAUGCAACUUAUGGCACUAACCGUGGAUACAGAGAGGGCGGCAUACCAGACAUUGACUACGCAUACACGUGA